CGCUCCUUUACUGGACCCUCGUCCUCUGAGUGUUCAGAUCCAGUCUGAUGUGAAACACUCUUUUGCUCUCCGACAGCCACAAAGUUGAACAUACCACGCAGUCUCGACCGUGUCAGAAACCUGAAGCGAAAAGCUUGAAUUCCUCCCCGGGUUUUCACGUCCACGCUCGGUACUCAACCCCCGUACCAUCUCUUUUUUGUUGUUGGAUAUUCUGGCUCAUCGAUCCACCAUUCCACUCAUUCAUCACUCUCCUCUCCCUUCAACAUUCUCCCCAUGGAGAAGAUGAGAAGUGUGCUCAGAUCUUAUGGAGAACUCUUUCACCUGUCAACCGAAGCCAAGGCAGAAGUACUGAAAGAUACAACAUGGGCUCACGGUCUGCGAGGCAUCGCCGCGAUGAUGGUCGUUUGUUCACACUUGACUUUGUGCUACGCAAGGGGCAUAAUACCACCAUGUUGCGCACCGGGGAGCACAACUCCUUCACUCUUUCAGCGACCACUGUUUCGUCUUGUUGCUAGCGGACACUCAUGGGUCGCCAUCUUUUUCAUUCUCAUGGGCUUUGUCAACGCUCUGGCACCCCUACGUCUGGCUCGGUCAGGACAAGCCGACAAGACACUAAGCAAGUUGGCCUCAUCAUCUUUCAGUCGCAUCUUCCGGCUUGUUCUCCCGGCUACAGUGGCAACCAUCAUAAGCUGGUUCAUUUGCAACAUGGGUUUGUACUCCACGGCAGGACUGAGUGAUGCUUUCUGGUUGAACAACACCACGCCCUUGCCAAGCGCAAACUGGCUGAAAGCCGUACAAGAUCUACUUCGCGGUCUCUCGGCAACUUGGGCCUUUGGACCAGAGAACCCCUAUGAUCAACCACAAUGGGCUUUGAUAUACCUGCUGCAGGGAAGCUUUAUGAUCAUCAGUGCUCUGUUUCUGACUGCAACCAUGACCCCAACUUGGAGGACUGCCACUUUGUCUGUGCUGAUAGGCUGGAGCCUGAACUGGAGCUGGCUUAUUGGCGAUCCAUGGACUGGACUUUGUUGCUUCGCUGGUAUCAUCCUGGCUGAGAUGAGUCUUGUGGGAGGUGCCGAAGCUCUUUCCAAGGUCUCCCAUAUUCUCUCCCCAUCAUCUAUUCUUACCGGCCUUUUCCUUAUGUCUUAUCCAGGAGGCUAUCCUGAUGCGGCCAGCUGGUCAAGGAGGAUGCACGCAUUCGGAGUCCGGUUUCUGCCUGGUGAGAGUGUCGACCGAAUGUAUGGUUCCCUUGGUGGAAUCGUGCUCGUUUUUGGCAUCAUCAUCUCUCCUCACGCCCGUUGGGUUCUCAGUCAAAGACCAUUGGAGUGGCUUGGUAAAGUCAGCUUCGCCAUCUAUCUGCUUCACGGCAUGCUGUUGCGUACUAUUUUUGCCUGGGUUCUUCACCUCGGUCAGUCAUUGACUCCCUUUGUUCAGACCGGUGAAGAUGGCAGAGAGUUUUAUGUGAAUCGAUAUCCUGUGCCUGGGUUUUUUCAAUGUGCUUUUGCGACCAUGGUUUUGGCAGCUUGUCUAGCAGUAGCAAGUCAAAUUUGGAACCUCAAACUGGAGCCAGUGUUUGGAAAAAUAACGACGAGGCUCGAACGUGUGGCAACCGGCAAGUCUUCGCCUGAAGUGAAGUCCGGCGAGGAUUCAAUACUUCCAACACGAAAAGAUUGAGAUUGCAGCAUGAGCUGUGCAAAUAGCGUUAAAUUCAGGAGACCAGCAUCCGGAGAAAAUCGAAUCCCUGCUGCCAGACCAUCGACAUCCGAUUAUCAGCCAUAUUUUGAUAAUUGUACAAUCUUCGAGUCAGAAACGAACCAUGCUAUUCAUGGGAAGGCAUGAAUCAUAAUACAUCUGGUCUAGUCGUCGAUCAGUGGCCGUGGCUCAUGGUCAGCCAUUCUGUGGUCAGGAACCAAAAGCCUUUGGAAUGGCGUCCCUCAUCACUCUCCCCCGAUGACAUGAAAGUCGGCAUACGAGUGAACCAAGUAUCGCAGUAUUCACGAAUGCAGAAUUUAGGGCUUGCUUGGAUCAACGAAAGUCUUGUUGGAUUAUGAAGACAUCUUUGGACCUUUUCGUUGGUUAUGCUCCGGCGGACGGGAUGGCCAGGGACGAUAAGAAUUGCUCAGGAUACAGUCAUGGAAUUUGUUGGUGUAGACCUAAUCGU